GGACAGCGUUGAGCAAAGUGGCCUUCCUCCCCACAGGCAGCCUUACCUUGCUGUUGCCCUGGACGAAACACAGCUGGAUGUCCUUGGGGAGCGGGUAGAAAAAAAGUAUUUGUCAUUUUUGGAGAAAGUGAAAGCACAAUGUUGUUGUUCUGGUCCCAGGUUGAAGAGCUUCCUGUUGGGCUUUUUUCCUGUCCUAUCAUGGCUGCCUGGCUACUCCAUCAGAGAAAACGCCAUUGGAGAUCUGGUGUCUGGAGUCAGUGUUGGGAUCAUACAGCUGCCCCAGGUGAUUGCAUCAAUUGGUCUACUGAUGGGUGUUUAAAGAAGUCAAAGAAAAUGUCCACCAUUGCCUUCCACCAUUGUCAUCCAGCUACAAAGAUUGGUAUGGCCAACGCCAUGUUGGUGGGAAUUCCUCCAGUGUUUGGUCUCUACACUUCAUUCUACCCUCUGAUCAUUUACUUCAUCUUCGGCACUUCCAGACACCUCUCCAUCGGUACUUUUGCUGUCCUGGCAAUCAUGAUUGGGUCUGUGACAGCCAACGUGGAGUUGCCUAGCAACGGUGUUGAAGCGAGUCAGAUUGAUGUGGAAGCAGCGAAAAUGAACGUGGCUGUGCAACUCACCUUUCUCUGUGGCGUCCUACAGCUCCUGUUGUACCUGUUGCGUGGUGGCGGUGUGUGUCGCUGGCUGUCUGAUCCUGUAAUAAGAGGCUACACCACAGCCGCAGGUCUGCAUGUGGCCAUCCUGCAGCUGCCACUAAUGACUGGAAUACCUGCACAGAGACACAGUGGACUGCUGCCGUCCACUUGGGCUUUAAAGGAUGUUCUGCAGGGAGUGACAAGUGCCGUACCAGGAGCUCUGUCAGUCUCCGUGGUUUCCAUGGUGAUACUAAUCGGAGGCAAGAUGCUGAAUGAGCGCUUUAAGAACAAGCUGCCUGUCGCUAUACCGUGGGAACUUAUACUGAUCGUCCUGGGCACCAUCCUGUCAGUACAGAUGGAUCUGGCUGGACAGCACAGAGUCCAGGUGGUGGGACACAUACCCAGUGGCCUCUCUUCCCCAGUCCUUCCCUCUCUCUCUCAGGCCAGACAGCUGUUCAUUCCAGCUCUGUCUGUGGCUCUGGUUGGCUUCAGUUUCCUCUCAGCCAUGGGCUCAAUGUUCGCCCACAAACACGGCUACCGUGUAGACCCCAGCCAGGAGCUGCUGGCUCUGGGUUUGUGUAACACCAUCGGAGGAAUGUUCCAGUGUUUUGCUGUCAGCUGCUCCUUCUCUCGCAGUAUGGUCCAGAACAGUAUAGGAGUCAAAUCACAGAUGGCAGGUUUGGUAUCAGCUCUGGUGAUUCUAACCAUCUUAUUAAAGAUUGGUCAUCUCUUUGAGCAGCUGCCAAAGGCAGUGUUGGCAGUGAUCAUCGUGGUGAACCUGCAGGGGAUAAUGGCUCAGUUCAAAGAUGUGUGUGUGCUCUGGAAGUCUGACAGAUUAGACCUGCUGGUUUGGGGAGCCUCACUGAUUUCCACGCUGAUCUUUAACCUUGACCUGGGUCUGGCUGUGGCUGUCGUCUUCUCUCUGCUCACACUCAUCUACAGGACACAACACUCCACCACGGUUGUUUUGGGUCAUAUUCGUGGUACAGACUGUUACAGAGAUGUGGGACUCUACACUGAGGCAAAGCAAGUUCCUGGCGUGACUAUACUCUCCUGUUCCAGUCCUAUUUACUUUGCCAACUCUGAAUUUGUGUUCACAGAAAUCAGACAGACAGUGAGUCGAGGUCAGAAGGAGAAUCCAGCUAGAGUCCACACUACUACCUCUUCCUCCUCAUCUUCCUCUAACUCCUCAGCCCAGACAUCGACACAUACUCAUUGCUUGGUUCUGAAUCUCAGCUCGGUCAACUUCAUGGACUCUGUGGCUGUGACAGCACUUUGCAAGGUUGUAGAAGACUUGGAAGUCCAAGGUGUCUGUGUGUUUCUGGCAGCAUGCCCAGAGAGAGUUUUAUCCAUGCUGCAGACUCACAGUCAUAUACCAGACCGCCUGCCCAGCUCCUGUCUCUUCCCGUCGGUCCAUCAUGCUGUCCAGCGCUGGCUCAAGACUCUACACAAGCCUCUGGAAGAAAUCACCCCAGAUGCGAGUGAAUGUUAAACCUACAAGGUGACUGUUGUUUUUCAAUGUAAAUUACAGGAUAGUUAAGGCACUAAGGCUUUACGAUGGCAGACAGAACAACCACAGCCUAAGUUUAUUUUGAAAGAAAGCCAAUAACACUUUUCACAGUAUGUAUAUGCAUACACUUCUCACACAUUUGCAGACAAUAAAUGUAAUUGUUACCAACCAUUA